AUGCAUAAAGUGAGUAAAACACCCUAUAAAGCCAAAUCAUCAUCCAAGGCUGAAGCAAAACCCAAAAUCAUGAAGCCUAAAUCGAAGAAAAAUGCCAAGCCAUUAACGGAACCCACACUCCCACAUGUUCCUUCUCCUUCGAUAUCCCCCACUAUACCUACAUCAUCAUCCCCUGUUCCUGCUAUUCCUAUCAUCCCCACCUCCACUGUAUCCCCUCCUCUAAAACCAACCACCCAUGCACCUGAGCUUACUGCGGAAAAUACCUCUAAGUCAACAAAGGUCAAGGCCACUCCAAGAAAAUCUAUCAAGAAAGUGCCUGAUGCUGUUACGCAGGGUAACAUUGUAGCCAAGGAAUCUGUGGUUCGGGGGAAAACGGUGCCAGUCACUACUAAUCAGGUUAAUGAUUCUGUAGAAGAAGAAAAUCAUAGUGAAAAAGAGGAUGACUCUGAGGGUGAGGAUCAAGAAAAGGUCGUGAGAGUGAAGGAGGUGAUGAAGAGGGUGAUGAAGAAGAUGGGAAUGUGA